ACAUUCCAAAUUUCUUAGCUGGUUACGUGAGGCGUUGACGAAUUGUUUAUUAGCAAGUGGAAGUUAAGCGAUAAGUUUUAGGGGAUGGAGUUGGUGUUUCUUUUUCCGUUGAAUUCUUGGUAGGGAAGUAGGGUUUGGUAGUAUCUUAUAAGCCCGAGUUUGGCCUGGUUUGGUGAUGCCGGCCCCUCCUCGUCUUCCAUUGCCCGCAAGCGUUUUUUGUUUUCAUUUAAUUUGUCUUCUUGUAUUCAAUUUCUAUUUGUCGACUGGAAACCUGCAGCAAUCGACUCUCCUUGUUACUGGCGCCGUCACUGCAAUUCAUUCAUUGAGACGGCAGAACUUUGGACGAAAUCUUCGCGCUCAUUUUCUUUGAGUUAUUCAGACUUGAGAAUGAAAGCCAUGGCUGUCUAUUAAGAAGCGAAAGUUGCACUUGAUGUGUUUAUAAAUCAGAAAGAGAAUGAGUAUGAAGAGGAGGCAGUGGCAGCAGAAGCAGAAACAGGUAGCACCCAUGGGGAUGAGAGCGUGGUACAUGAGGCCUGUUAUGUCAGAGACCUUGGCUCCAUUAAUGGAGGGUCUGAGCGAAUAUGCAUACGAUGAAGAAACCCAGCAUAAGAAAGAAAAGUCCUGGAAUUUAGUGAGAGCGUGGAUGAGAGAACAGCUUGAAAGAUGCACAUUGCAGCCAUUGCUGGGCUACAAGCGUUCUGAUCUCAGGCUCUUGUUGGGUGUUCUGGGCUGUCCUCUGGCUCCCGUUCCCCUCUCUAAUGCUCCUCUUCCCCAGCUCUCCACCAAAGACAUGUGCAUAGAAGCGUCCUCUGCGCAGUACAUUGUACAUCAGUACAUUGCUGCAACUGGGUGCGCCAAGCUUCAGAAUGCGAUCAAAAGCUCGUACACGAUGGGGAGGGUGAAAAUGUUGGCGACGGAGUGCGAAAGUGAGAGCAAAAUAAUGAAAAACUCAUCGAAAGGCACACAGACGGGGUGUUUCGUGCUUUGGCAGAUGAUGCCCGACAUGUGGUCGGUCGAGAUGGUGGUGGGCGGAAGUAAGGUGCACGCCGCCAGCAACGGUAAGAUUGUGUGGCGGCACACCUCCUGGCUCGGCUCCCACCUCGCCAAAGGCCCUGUUCGUCCCCUGCGUCGCGCUCUCCAGGGGUUGGAUCCAAUUUCAAUUGCGAGGCUGUUUGCAGAUGGGCGAUGCAUAGGGGAACGGAGAAUUGGAGAAGAAGAGUGCUUCAUAUUGAAGCUGGCAGCCACUGCAUCGAGUUUAGCAGAGAGAAAUGACGGCGCUGCAGAGGUGAUAAAGCAUGUACUGCUGGGUUAUUUCAGCCAGAGAACAGGGCUUCUGGUAUUGAUAGAGGAUUCCCACCUGACAAGAAUUCAAGCAGUAGGGGCAGGUGCAGUGUACUGGGAAACGAGCAUAGCCAGCAGCAUAGGAGAUUACAGAGCGGUGGAUGGGGUGAUGAUUGCUCAUUCGGGCAGGUCAGUUGUCACUCUCUUCAGAUUUGGAGAUGUGAGCACCGCCCACACAAAAACUCGAAUGGAAGAAACAUGGAUUAUAGAAGACAUUGUGUUCAAUGUGCCUGGGCUUUCCAUGGACGGCUUCAUUCCUCCUGCAGAUGUCAUCAACGCUUCAGAUUCCUGUAACAUCCUCCAUCAAACCUCACUAUUUCUUGGACGCUAACCAUUUUUUCCCAACGCCUGCUUCAUCGGUAAUGCUGAAGCUCACAGUAUACUACCUGCAAGAAAUUUGAGUGUUCUCUGAUAAUUAUAACAAGUUUGAGGCUAAGGCCUGCCUACAAUUGACAUCUGGAGCUUUUGGAAUGUGAAGUUCUUUUUGAGCAUUUUUUUAAACAUUAAUCUGACUACUUGCAGUAGUUUUUGCUUAGGAUGCAAGUUUACGAUUUCGAAGCUUAAAUUGGAAGCCCAUUUGGAGGCAGUGAUGGCUUACCAGCUGCAAGGUAGUUUAUAUAAUUGCAGAGCUUGUUUGUAUGGAAAAUUUUAAGCAUUUGUAAAAAUUUCAGGGUAUCCUCUGGCUGCGGGUAGGCAAUAGCCUUUUCCGGUUACCAUAACGUUGUGCAUUAAAAAUUAGAAUGAAA